UUUAACCACGAUGGACACAGGCGUUUCGAAGUAAUUUCUUGUGUUUUGCAGUUAAAAUGUAGGUUUAUAAUUGGCUCGUGGUCAGAUAAAUAUAGACAUAAUUAAAAAGAGCUGGGUUAAGGAAUGCUUGGUCGUUAUUUCACUCAGUUAUACUGGAUUUUUCAUGGACCAACUUAUCUGAAGAUUCUUGUAUGACGAUUCUGAUGGUUUAUCCUCCCGCCACUGUAACCGAGCAACGGACGGUCAAACGAAAACAUCUAUUUUUAAACAAAUAUAACCGAAAGGGAGACUUUUACAUGUUAUUCUUUUUCUUCAGCUGCUCAUAAUGUCUUUAGCUGGAGCGCUGUGGUUUGCUGUCCAGGAUGAUUUAUUCACAAACGGACUGUGUAACACAUCAGCACCCAGCAUCAGCAACAUAGCUCAAGACAAACAAUCCAGCGUCAGUGAGCCCAUCUCUGCCUCCGAGACACACAGUGUCCUGGACGAAUUGGAUGAUUGCAUUAUUUCUCAAACUUUACAUUUCAAUCGACAGUGUUUGCGGUUCAUCGUCGAUUUCAUCCAGGCCCGUUUAAAGAAAGACGUGUUUGCGCCCGGCCACAGCCUGACCUCCGCAGAAGCCAACAUUCUGGCCACGCUUGCCUGCUACGCACAGGGGUCUCUGUCCGGUAAAAUCACCGACCGGCUGGGAAUAGAUCAGACAGGCGCGGGCGAGGCGGUGAAGACCAUUACUAAACUCUUAGCAGACACGAGUCCCGAUUUCAUUACUUUCCCGAACAGCUACAACGACCGCAUGGGUGCCGCUCAAGCCUUUAAGAACCUGAGCGGCAUCCCGCAUGUGGUGGGGGUGCUGGGGUAUCUGCACGUGAAGGUGAGCCCUCCGCUUGGGGAGGAGCACAUGUAUAUGAACACUCUGGGCUAUCAUUCAGUCAUGAUGCAGGUCAUAUUUGACGUGGACGGGAAUCUCUUGAGUCUGGAGCAGUGCUGUCCCGGAGGAACUCCUGAACACACUGUUUGGGAGAACUCGGACAUUGGCAGACAGUUCUGCAUAUUUCAACACGGUCACACGUGGGUUGUUGGUAGCAGAAGUCUGCACGGUUGUGGACAUGUGUUGACACCAGUCGAGGCUUUUCGCAUCAAAAGCAAUGGAGCCCUGCGAUUUAACAAAGCACAUGCUCAGCUACACAGCCGUACACAGCAGGUCUUUGGAAGUUUGAAAAGCCGUUUCCAGUGCCUGCGUGACAUCGGCUCCAUUCAGUCACCUGAGUCAGUGGCAUGUACUAUCAAAGCCUGCUGUGUCCUGCACAACAUCUGCAAGAAGUUCUCCGUGCCGUUACCCUUGGAUUUUAGUGUAGAACCGCUCCAUCCACCAUCAGAGGUGGUGAACAUCAUGGCAGAGCAGCCGUUUGACUACAUGGAAGACACUAAAGUUGAAAUGAUAGAAAUGUUUUUUAAUAUUGCAGAGGAUGAAGGCAAAUAAGCUGUGACCAGAUUUAAAAGAACAGUUGUGAUAGCAAAAAGCCAGAAACCAUUACAGUUUAAACCAUGUACUAAAUAAUGUAAUUAACACAGACAAAUGCAUGCCAAUGCCAGUUGAUUCUUCACAUAGUUUUGUUCAAUUAAUCAAUAAUUGAUUCAAAUUAGUUAAUGCUAAUACACUAAUAUUUGUCAACAAGUGAUGUGAAUAAAAACAAACUGUUUA